AGAUUAUAGGUGGACUUUAAACGCGAGGGGGCUAUUCUGCUUCAUCAUUACGGGUAUUUUUCUCGUUCGUGCAGUUUGUACGGAAGCUCGCAAGUUACUCAGUAUAUUUCGUCUGCAAUUUGCAUAUCGCUUAAAAUAUCUCGCAACUGACACUCUUCGUACGCAAAAAAAUGCAGGAAUUGCGAUUUGAUGGCCGAGUGGUUGUGGUGACGGGGGCAGGUGCAGGAUUAGGACGUACCUAUGCAUUGCUGUUUGCAUCCAGAGGUGCUAGCGUAGUUGUAAACGAUUUAGGAAGCAACAGACAUGGUGAUGGAAGUAACAGCAAGAGUGCAGACACUGUGGUUCAGGAAAUUCGGCAGAAUGGAGGCAAAGCUGUCGCAAAUUAUGAUUCUGUACUGGAUGGUGCAAAAAUUAUUAAAACUGCAAUUGAUACAUUCGGCCGCAUUGAUGUAGUUGUUAAUAAUGCUGGUAUUUUGCAGGAUGUAUCUUUCUCAAAGAUGACAGAUGCCCAAUGGGACAUCAUACAUAACGUCCAUUUGAAAGGUGCAAUGAAAACGACGCAAGCAGCAUGGCCAUAUUUUAUCAAGCAGAAUUACGGGCGUGUAAUUUUUACAUCGAGCAACAGCGGUGUAUAUGGAAACUUUGGCCAAUCUAAUUACAGCUCGGCAAAACUGGGUCUUGUAGGAUUAGCUAACACGUUGGCCAUUGAAGGUUCAAGAAAGAAUAUUUAUACCAAUGUUAUAAUACCUACAGCUGGCUCACGUUUAACGGAAGAUAUUAUUCCACCCGAUUUCUUUGAGCAAUUGAAGCCUGAAUUGAUAGCACCUGUUGUUUUUUGGUUGUGCCACGAAAAUUGUACAGAAAAUGGCUCAAUGAUUGAAGCAGCAUUAGGUUGGGCUGGCAAAUGUCACAUAAUCCGCUCUUCGGGUUACGUUUUGCGACAAAAUUUAUCGACCAACGUUACACCAGAAAAUGUGCGAGAUAAUUGGUCGAAAGUAACAGACAUGUCAUCGGCAAAGCGACACAAUUCGAUUCAGGAAGCAACAGGAAAACUGUUUGGCUUUCUCGAGACCAUGAAAAAUGGUGCUCCUUCCAACGAGGUAGAUCAUAUCAUGAGGAAUUAUUAUAAUUUUCGUGACACUAUAUUGUACGCUCUUGGAGUUGGAGCUACACUUGAAGAACCAAAUGAUAUGCGUUAUUUAUAUGAGAAUUCCGACAACUUCGCUGUUUUACCUACUUUCUAUGUUUUGUAUGGACCUAUGGGAUGCAUGACUUCUUCUAUCAUGCAAGAUGCUCUUCCAUUUACAGAUGUUGAUCCAACACAAAUACUUCACGGUGAACAAUAUUUAGAAAUUUACAAGCAAUUGCCUACAGAAGCCAUGGUGGAGACACGCUUUAAAAUUCAGGAUGUCUUGGACAAAGGAAAAAGCGCUGUUGUCUUAAUUCAACAUGAUACCUACGAUACAACAAAUGGAGAGAAACUAUCGACUGGACAGAUAGCUACAUUUAUUAUUGGUGCAGGUAAUUUUAAAGGAAAACGAACUUCAGCGUUUGCUAUUCCAACUGUUGACCCUCCUACUCGAAAUCCAGAUGCAACAGUUACACAACAGACUAAUGUUGACCAGGCUGCUUUGUACAGAUUGAGUGGAGAUUAUAAUCCUUUGCAUAUCGAUCCUGAUGUCGCCGCGAUGGGGAGAUUCAAAAAGCCAAUACUGCAUGGACUGUGCUCUCUGGGAUUUUCUACCCGUCAUGUUCUUCAGACUUAUGCUGCUGGAGAUCCACAUUUAUUCAAGUCUAUUAAGAUGAGAUUUGCGAAGCCGGUUAUGCCAGGUCAAACUCUACGUACUGAUAUGUGGCGUAAUGGUAACAGGAUACAUUUUCAAACAUCUGUCAUUGAGACGGGAACACCAGUUAUUACAGGCGCUUACAUUGAUUUAUUGGAAGUUAAAAUGGGAAUAGCACGGACAAAUUCAUGUUCUGGAAAGACAGAUAUACAGAGUGAUGCUAUAUUUGUAACUAUCGCAGAAAAAGUGAAACAAAACCCAGAUGAAGCAAAGAAAGUUAAUGCGAUUUUCCUUUACAAUAUUACCGUUAAUGGAAAACAAACAUCUGAAUGGACUCUUGACUUAAAGAAUGGUGAAGUAUACAAGGGAAAACCUAAAUCUGGAAAAGCUGAUGCGACACUUACCAUAGAAGAUAAAGAUAUGGUUGAAAUCGCACUGGGAAAAUUAAAUCCACAGUUAGCAUUUAUGCGUGGGAAAUUAAAGAUAACUGGAAAUAUUAUGCUUACACAAAAACUAAAGACUCUUAUGGAAGCCAAUAAAUCAAAAUUAUGAUUUUUUUAAAUACUAUCAUUGUUUUCCAAGCAUUUGUAUAAUUAAAGAGCACCGUAAAUUUAUGAAUUUACAUAAAGUUGGAGGUAUUCGUAUAGGUUGGGGAUAUACAUAUAUUCUUAUAUACAUUGUUGUUUGUUUCAACAGAAACUUUUAUAAAGAAUUUGUUGCAAAUUGGAAAAUGUUGACUUUAUAAUUUUAUAUAUCUACGUUGUAAUACAUUUAUAAUAAAGUUAACAAUUACAGAA